GAGAGCAGCUGUGUUGAGUUUUUACCGUCGAGCGAGAAAAUAAACAGGAAGUCACACAGGCGAGCAGGCUGUGUGUUUUUGUCGGUUAAACGACUUACUUUAUUGUGAUUUUUUUCGUCGAAACCACAAAAAAACUAAAAAUGGGGAAGAGACAGCACCAAAAAGACAAAAUGUAAGUGUCAGAAGUUAUACUGAACAACAAACCAUACAGCUAAACGAUCUUGUUGUUAGCCCUGCUAACGCACUAGCGGGCUAACUCGGAGUAACGUUUGUGUAUACGGAAUUACUCUAUGUUUAUUUUUUUCAUUACUGUAUUUAUUUAGGUCUAUUAUACUUUUUACAGGUACAUCACAUGUACAGAAUACACACACUUCUACGGAGGAAAGCGAGCGGGUGAGUUUUUAUGAAUCUUACCCAUCGUUGAGACAUAUCAAGUAAUAAAGGUAAACAUUUCACAGUCUCUAGGUGUUUGAGGCUAUAUUAUUCCCUUAUAUUACCAAAAGCUCACUGAUCUAAUGCAAAACUUCGUUUAACUGCAAGUCUGUUUAAAACAACAAAAAAGAAAAUAUAGAAGUCAUGUAAAACUAGAAUGUAUAUAUAUGCAAUAUAAACUAAGCUAGAUAAGAACACAUCUAGAGUUAUUAUAUAAGAAGAAAGUAAUAACUACAAUAUACAACAUAAUGUGAUACAAUAUGGUAGGAUGUAUUUAAACACAGCUCAACCUUAUAAAUGUGCAUAUACAAGGACAUGUUCAAGUUAACAGGCUGAUAUGUAUAAUGCAGAGCUGUAGGUGCAGAUAAUAGUCUAUUUCAGUGGAGUUAACAGAUUUGUUGCUAAAAUGGUGUGUGUUUUUCUGUCUGUAGGGGUUAGUUCUGAUCAUAAGUGGACAGAGAAACAGAGUAAUGGGCAGCCAAGGCUCACUGGUGUGCGUGGGAAGCAAACCUGCAUGGUUUUUAGUAAAAUGUUCAUUAAUAUAGCACAGACAUGGAUGUCUCUUGUUGCAGUCCGUGAAUUUUGGCAUCCUCUAAUAUCUGAACACAUCAGUCACACAUAGCUUUUUAACCAUCUGCCUAAUAUUUUGUAGGCUUGUAGCUGCACAGCAUCAUACACAACUUACUGCAACACACUGUGUGUUCUGACACCUCACCGUCAGAACCAGCCUUUACUUCAUCUGCAAUUUCAACUCCAGUAGCUCUUCAGCUGGUUGGGAACAGGCCAGCCUGCUUCCCAUGAGCACCCAAAAGCCUUGGCCUGCAACUGGCUGAUAGGUUAUCAGACCACUUUUGGUGGAUACUCAACACUGCAGACCGUGGACCACUUCACAAGAGCUGCAGUUUUGGAGAUGUUCUGGUCCAGUCAUCCAGCCAUCACAGUUUGGCCCUUGAUAAAUCACUUACAUCCUUAAACUUGCUCAUUUUUCUGCCUCCAGUACCUCAAGUUUGAGGACAAAAUGUUCACUUACUGCCUAGUGCCAUUGCAAAGAGAUAAUCAGUGUUAUUUACUCUCUGACUCAGUGUUCAUAAUGUUAUGGCUGAUGAUGAAAAGGAAUGAAAAGUGCUAUUCACCCAUAAACGGAGUAAAGAUUCCGUAUACACUGUGUUUUAAGUACUAAUAGAGAAACUUGUUAUAGUUUUACCAGCUGUGAUAAUUUCAACCAAAGACAGAUUUUCUAGUUUUACUCAAAUAACUGAUCAGAACUGAAGCAGAUCUGAAGAAGUCCUAAAGAAGACAAAGGUUUGAAACAUAAACAUGACGGUAAACAUUUUUCCACUCCCCGUGCAGCUCAUAAUACUGCAAUCAAAUCUAGGUGUCCCAAUUUAAUAUUGAAGAACACUGAUUCAGUCUCAGUGCUGUACCGAACAGGUUGGAAAAUCUGACUGUUGAGGUGUUUUUUCAUCUUUAAGCCUUCAUCUGUCAAUGUGCACAAAAUAUGUGUGUUGACCACACAACUAUUUGUAAAAAAGAUUUCGCAACGGCAAGUAAUGGCCUCUGAUGUUUCGUUGUAAUCAUGGUUCUCUAUGUUUUUACUCUCCAGAAAUCCCACAGUCGAACUUCAGACGGCUUCCUUUUGAUCACUGCAGGUGAGAAGAGACAUGAAGAGAUAUUUUUAUCAUCCCCAGGAGAGCGACAUACAAUGUGUUUUUGUAUAAGACUUUGUGAGUUUGCUUUUAAACCACAAACAAAUGUUGGUUAUGCUUUACCAUCAGUAGAAGAGGAUACUCAGUAGCCUUAUACCGUAUAAAUGGAGAAAAGUUUGUAACAAAAUGAAAAGCAACCUGGCUGGACAUUGUUUUACCUUAUGAGUGUAGAGAUGUCAAACAGCUUGUUGCAUUUUAUCUAAAGUUUUUCCUUUACAACAUUUCAGCUUGUCCCUUCAGCCGUUUGAGUAUCCUGUCUGUACUGAGGAGGGAGUUGUCUUUGACCUGCUGUAAGUAGAUACAUUCAGAUCAGUUCAUACACAACCUUGGAUGAAAAAAACACAGAAAAUGUCAUGCGCUGAUUUUUAUCAGCCUGCAUUGAUUUGUCUUGGUAAAUUUGUCAUAAACAGUUAGAUGCAUCACAUACUCUGUACAGCACUGAUGUAGUUUCAACCGUAUGACUUCAAACUCAUGGACACGCAUAGGUCAGGAUUAUGAUUUCUUAAAUCAGGAAAUAAGAUUAUUUAAGCAGCAGCUGCAUGCAGGGUUACACUAUACCGUCUUGAUGACUUCUUUUCCUUUUGAGUAAUCCAACUUUAUUUGUCUUUAUAGUUGGUGUCACAAACCGAAAACAACAUGCAACCAAAAAGUUAAAAUUUAAAAGCCUGAUGAGUAAAUCUUGCUUUGCAGUGUGUAAUUUGAUACCAUUUAAACUUUAAGAUGACUUUUUCCAACUUGUGUGACAGGAGCAUCAUGCCAUGGAUCAAGAAGUUCGGGACAAACCCCGCCUCUGGAGAGGUAAGAAAACAAGCAGAUCAUACAACCAGAAACUCUUUUUUUGCUGACUGCUCCUCCUUCGUGUACCCGUGGGUUUUAGCUGAGUGCCCGUUUGUCGCUAAUGGGACUGCAUUGAUGUAUCCGUUAAACAUCAGUAUCAGCAAAUAUCAGCUCUGUUGACAGAUUUUGGCACAUUGGCAAAUAAUGUGUCACACAUUGAUGCCAGUGUUUAUCUUUUCCUUAAGCUUCCUGUAAUUAUAUUGUUAUCCCAGUUAUGUAAAUCUGGAAGGCUACUGCACCUCACUGCCAAUUUACAGAAGACUUUUAUUGAGGAGAUGACAGAAAAUUUGUGAAGUGUUGGAAUAUGACACAGUCUUCGAGAAAGAUUAGCGACAUGCAGUUUGUAUAAAACAUUUCAGGCACAAAAAUACAAAAAAGUAACACAAAAGCAUUGAAACCAGCGAUCAGCAUCAGCUGAGUGACGCUUUAAAUUAUCAGUAUUUGCUCUGACUUCCACAAUUAGCACAUCUUUAGUCAGUGAUCCCGGAUCAAAAUCUUUAACCAUGUACAGAGGGAAGGUAUGAAUUCAAUAAGGUUUAGCCACAAGCUCCCUGUCAUAUAAAUAAUUUGUUGUGGCCUUACUACAGAGUAAUAACCAUUUUAAACUAGUUAUUAUGUGUUUUUCUGUUAAGCACCUUGUCUUUCUCAUGUAUCUUGAUAUAGAACUGUAAAUGAAAGUCAGUUCUGGUUGAUUAUGUCAGUGACCUUUAAGAAAGAGGACGAUUUACUAAUCUUGAGUUAUAUUUUGUGACGAUCAUGCAGUAAAAUCUCUGUUUUUUUCUCUUCCCACAGAAACUGGAAGCAAAGUCCCUCAUCAAACUUAACUUUGCCAAGAACAGCGAUGGUAAAUACGCCUAAUGAUUGUGUGAAAUGUACUUAGUGGAGAUAGGGGCACAAUGUUUUGAUUUUUGCCAUCAGAGCCAAACAAGGUUAAUUUUUAGAUUUGUGAUCACCAGAAUCAUCUGGAAGCAAAGGUCAGGCUCAUGCUUAGAGAGAAAAUGUCACUUAAGGAGAGUCAGAGGGUCAUUUUUAAGGAGGGGAUGAGAGCAGAUUAAAGCAAGAGGAGGAGGGAAGUGUGGGUAAGGUGAUAUAAUUCAGCAGGGAGCACAUUACAUGAGGCACUCCUUGACUUCUGGAGGAGAUGAGCUGUGCGCCUGUGGAAGCAGAAGUGAGGGACUCAGCUGCUCCUCCCGCUCCUGAAUUUUCUUUCAUUCUGUUCCAGGAAAGUAUCACUGCCCCGUUAUGUACAACGUCUUCACAAAUAAUUCUCACAUUGUUACCAACAAGGUCACAGGCAACGUCUUUUCAUACGAGGUGGGUGAAAUCACACACUUUCCCUGCAUUGAUCCUCACACAGAUACUUUUGUGGAACAGAUCGAUGUCUAAAAUUACACACCCAAACAAACACACAAAGACGCUAUUGAUUCAGUUUCUUACAGAUACAAGCCAGAUCCUCAGCCCACACGGACUCACAAGAUGCUGCCUAACACCGCAUCAAAUUAGUUUAGCACAACAAAUAGUUUUUCUAAACAAAUUUAGGGUUACAUUCUGUUUAGGAAAAACUGCUGUUUUUUUCAGAUAUGUUUUUCAAACUUUGUUUCAUCACCAUCAAUUUAGAAGAAAACAAACAGGAGUUCAGGCUGUAACACUAUUACAGUGUUUUCCACGCAUAGACAGCACAUGGGUGGCCCACCCAAGUAUGUUUCAUGCCUCUGAAGUACAUCCCUAAUUCCAAAAAUGUUGAGACACUGUGUGAAAGGUUAAUAAAAACACAUUUCCAGCAGCACAUAUUAAAACAGUAAAACAGUUAAAACAGUGCCAAUGACAUCCCAUUAUUGGCUAAUAUAGGAUUUCGGCUGCUCAACAUUUUGGGGACUCUAUUGUAGUAGUUUUCACUUACUGCAGGCAGAUUUAGCACCAGGACUCUUCUACUACAGAGCCAGGCUGUUGUAACACGUGCUGGACAUCAUUUGCCAUUGUCUUACUGAGAUAUGCAAGAUCUUCACUGGAAAGGCUUGUUUUGAUGGAAGUGUGUACUGAGAUUCUCUAAAACUUUUAAUUAUAUUAAGUCUUGUAGAUAAUACUUGAAGUCUCUCACACAGUGUCCAACCUCAUCCUGUCAAUUUUUUCCUGAAAGAUUCUACCUCUGUGGAACAAAGCUUCCUUCCCAGUCAUGUCAUUAACCUGUUAAUCCUAGUCUUUUUCGAGAGAUAUUCCUCCAGGCGUUUCCACAGCACAAGAUAACUUUUUCAGGGGUUUGUUGUCCAGGUCUUAACUUUUUUAUUAUUAAAUUGAAGUGAGCUUUUUUCAUAAAACAAUCACUUUUUUUCAUUAUUCGAUAUAUCUGCACUGUUUUGAAUUAAAAUGUUGGAUUUCAAGGAUUUGCAAUUGGUCAAAAUCUGUUUUUAUUAAUGUUGCAAACAUCUUUGUGCCUUUUUGCCCCCUCUUCCCUUCCCCAGGCUGUUGAACAACUCAACAUUAAGACCAAAACUUUCAAGGAUCUGCUGACUGAUGAAGCCUUCACCAGAAAGGACAUCAUAACCCUUCAGGUUGGUUGUUGCUUAAAUUCUGUUUGCAAAAGUUAAAAGUGUUUUGUGAAGGAAAAACGACUGAACAUCUCAUGGGAACAUUUGUGUUUUGUGCCUGUAGGACCCCACAAACCUGGAUAAAUUCAAUGUUUCCAAUUUCUUCCACGUGAAAAACAAUUUGAAGGUGUUGGACCCAGGUGAGUUAUUGAACUGUCUCCUGACUAUCUUUCAUGUAAUUCUACUUUCCUUGGAGUUCUUCUUCUCUCUUUAAAAACAAAGGAGCUUUUGUUAAACCAGAUCUUACUUCUACCUUUGGCUCUGUUUAGAUGAGGAAAAGGCCAGGCAGGACCCAGCAUACCACCUGAAGAGCACCAAUCUGGAGACAAGGGAGACAUUAGCUGAGCUGUACAAAGACUACAAGGGGGAUCAGCUCCUGGCUUCCACAAUGAAAGAGCCUGUGGCCAAAAAGACGGACAAAUUAAACGCUGUAAGUAAAACAAAUUGUGAUACUUAGUUCUUAACUACAUGAGGGGAGAGAGAGAGAGAAAAUGUUGACUUAAAACAUUUUUAUUGGCCAUUUACCAAAAAAGUAAGCCCUCCUUUUUUUACCUGUGUGGAUCAGCAUUUAUGUUUUUUUAUAUUGUAUUGACAUGUAGGUUAGUUUGAGACUUUUUUAGGUCUUUCCAUCAUGGUGUCUGUAGUCUACUCAGCUCCUUUAGAUGCUUCUCCUCUAAAGGUUAUUGCUAGUUGAUGUAGCAUACAUUGCUACUGCUUCACCGGCAUGAAUAUGCUGUUGCCAUCAUCAGAUUUAUACCUUAUCCGUCUCUGUCAAGUCUUUUAUCAGAUAAUGUUUGGAAUUUGGAAUCUCUCCCCAUGGGACUGUCUUAUCUUUUCUUAUCUUAACUACUAUGUUUAACACCUGAUAGUGACGACUUAUUCACCUCAGGAAUAUAGGAAAGGGUGGCAAGGGUUGACAUUCAAACUGCAGAGAAAUGAAUUUGUUUUCAGUUUAAAGUCUAAGUCUCCAAGAUUGAUUUAGGUUUCACUAGUUUGAGUAACUUUUUUAAAGGGCAGGAAAUUUGGAAAAGAAAGAAAGGAGUGAUAUGUAGCCAGAAUAAAAACUUGCAUCACCUGCUUUAAGGCCUGUAAUGUUUAUUUCCUUAAGUCCAAAUUUCUGUUUCUAGCAACCUGAGUAGGAUUUUUUUCCUGAUUACGUUCUCUUUUACAAUGUACUGGAUAUCUUUAAGUUUUUGUCAUUGUUAGUCUUUAAAUUUGGCAGCACAAAACAGGGAUGGGCAUUAGUUACCCCACCCUUGUAUGUUUUGACCAAAUGACUAGCUGUUGAAUCAGAAGAGUGAACAAAAAUAUAAUCAGCAAGCAAAUAUUAUGUCUUUUUUUAUCCCUUUGUAAAAUGUUAUUGUCUUGCUUCAUGGGGAAUUUUUGAAUAUGGUGUUGAUUUGUUUGUUGGUGUGGUUGAAGAUUUUGCCUUUUUGAGUCUUGUACAAAGGCUGAGCCAUAAUUGCUCUAAAACAGGUAUUUCUUCCAAAAUUAUGACCUUAUAAAGUUCACUGCCUUUUCCUAGAGCUUUCGGACGUAUGACAAACCUUUCUCCAUGAGAUGUAAGUUGCCGUUAAAGUGCUUUAAAAAUCCUCUUUUUGGUCUUGUCGGCUUUACAUUUCAAAAUCAAAGAGGAUUCUUGACAUUUGUAAUAGUUCUGUUGAGAAAACAGUCCUCACUCGAGUCCACUUACUGCCUCGCAAGACCACUUUCUGGAUCUUUCAGCGUCUGUCAUGCAUGUGUCCUGGCAUUACUGCUGUUUUAUAAAAAGAAGAAAAGAAGAAAAUUCUAUCAGUGAUGAAAUUAACAAGGUUAUAAUGAGCUUUUAAUCAAAGGGAUUGUAGAUUCUUCUUUUUAAGUAAUUAAGUCAAACAUAAUUCCCCAAAUGUCUCAGUCAUGACUGAUGUGCUGCUGCUGCUGCAUCUUAAAAAGGAAAACACAAGUUCAGAAGUGUAGUUUUUACAGUGUCCACAAGAGGGAGCUAAACAUACAGUCAUACAUUGACUGUGCUGUGGGCAAUAAGAUAAACAACUGCAUCCAGAGGCAGAACAAAGAGCAUUUACAGCGCUCUUAGAAGGAUGCAUAGAACAACAUUAUAGGAUUAAAUGCAGAUAUAUGAAAAGACCGAGUCAGUCAGAAAAUGUCAGGGUCUGAAAUCUCAAAAACAUGGAAGACAUAGGAAUUGUACCAAGGCCUCUAAAAACACGGAGCAGCUUUGAUAAUAAUAAUAACCUUUUUGGUGGUCAGUGUGAUUACUUCAAGUCUGCUUAUUCUCAUUGUAAGUCAGGUUUAACGGAGGGGAAACAAACACUCAGAUAAGGAACAAAAAAGGUCAUCCACGGCCAAGAUACCACCCUGACUGUGUCCUUGAGUGACCGGGGGGAAGAUGUCUGAUUCAGUUCGAAGAGUAUCAACACUUCUCUUCUUAUCAGCCCUUCUUUGAUGCUACGCCGUGUCUGCUUUUUAUACGCCCGAGCUUCUCCUUGGUUGCUCUCCAUCUCAAGUUCACAGUCGACGUGCCGCUCCAACAGUAUCUGAGAGAACGGGGAAUAUAGGUCAGACAGAGCAUACAAGGUAAAGUCUAUGCUUUCAUGCGCCUUCACAAGAACUGGAGCAGAAGAAAGCUAAACCAGGACUGUAGUCGAGACUUUUCAAAUCCCUUUUCUCAUCUCUUCUUUCAUCUCCAUGAGCUCCUAUUCUGUUUACCUAAAUAACUCCACCAAUCCAGCUGUAUUAGCAGGGAUAUUUUUGGAUUUUGUGUAUUACUAUGCAGCAGAUGUGUUUUACUAUAAUUUAAACUCAAGGAACCUUAAAGCAUCCCUGACGCCCCUUAAUUAUGAGAUGGCCUAAAUCUCCCAAGGCUGAGGAUGUUGUGCUCUUAAUCACACUGAAGCUGCAGAGGCUGUCAUUAAGCUAGUUUGUACUUGAUGCACCACUUAGUGCAGACGAGGGGGACCAGCCAAGUGUGUGGCUGGAAAGAGGUGUGGGCUGAGUGGAGAGAUUAUUCCUCCACUGGAGGAUGAAGCUGCAGGCUGGUUUUAAUGAGAAAGUGUCUGUCCUGUUGAAGUGCCCCUGAGCAGAAAACCUGCCAGACGUUUUAAGUGGGUCCUGAUGUCCAGUGGAAUCAUUCGCCACAGAGCUACAAAUACGAAUAGCGGCUGCAAAGACGUCAUCUGUUUUUUUUUUUUUUUUUUAAUCACCGGUUCAUCUGCUUCUCUUUUUAUGAAUCCAUUUAUCUAUUUUCCAACUCAGAGAUAGUCACCACUGCAAAAGGAGAACCAAAUCUGACCAGGUGUUUUGUUUUAUUUUAAUGGAAACACGUCACAAACUUUUUUAUAAGGGUUACAUUCACCCUACAAGUCCAGGUGUAACGUCCUUCUCCAAGAUAUCACUUGCAAAAAACUUUCUAAAAAUGGCCACAAUUGCUUGUAAAGAGUGGAAAAGCUGCCAAUGAUUUAAAGAAGAUACUAUGUCUUAUUUUUACUGGGCAGCUAUUUUUACCCUCACAAGCUUUAAAAGGCCUUUUUGCCCAUAAUUUUUCACAGCCAGAUGUUUCAUCUAGACUUGUCAAGGUGAAUGUGGCUUUAGUUAAAGGUACAGUGCGUUAAAGUGGCAGCAACAUGUAGCAGUCAGAUACUAGAUGUUAGAUACUGAACGCAAACACUCCCUUGAUCUCCUCGCCCCUGCUAUCUAAGAAGCAAAGGUGACCUUCAAAGACAAGGAACUCCCAAGACGAAAUCUCACAUUUGUCAAGUUUUUUUUCUCAAAGUUUUUCCUUUAAAAAUAUCAACACAAGUUCUUUUGCGUACAAUAACCACCCUCUUCUUUUUGUUUUUCCAACCAGUGCCUUUUUGGCAGAAACACACUAAAUAAAAUCAUGCGUACAAAGUACAGUACAGUUUGUACUUUUUUGCUUAAAUAAACUUGUAAUUAUAUUUCAUUUCUACUGGGUCUGUUCUGUGACAGGCCACCAAAAUCUACACACUGCACCUUUUAAAAGUCAUUUGACUGCUAUGAAGGCCACAUUAUAUAAGAGAAAAUUAUCCAGUUUUAGUUGUAAAGUUGUAAUUUUACAAGAAUGAUGUCAUGCAUUUAACAAGUGAUCCUGUCCACUGCCUUUUGCUGGAGGAGACAGAAAACUCAGAGAGCUGAUAUGAAGCCUCGCCUAAAUGAUGUCUGAAUAUCACAUAUCAAAACACACCCAAACCAACCAACAAAAUAUAUAUGAUAGUACUAAUAAUGAAGAAUAAGCUUCGGGUAGUGUGCUAAGAAUGAAACAGGGUAAACGCUGCCUGAAUGAGUUUCCUCUGUCUGGUAUCUUGGCUCAGACGUAAAGAUGUGUAAGGAGGUCAGACACCAGGCUGAGCUGACAGUACAGGAGUCAGCUUCGUGGUUCAGGUACCUGAUCAGGAGACUUCCACAGCUCUUUCCCAAGGAGGAGACCCUGGGGCAGACCUAAGGCACACUGGAGGGUUUGCAUAUCCAGUCAUCUACUUUGCAGCCUUUCCUCUCGGUGUUCAGCCAUUGGCAGCAAGGUUUUGCAUCUCAUCCAUCAUGUAACGUUUUCAAGGGAACCAGAGUUUUUAUUUGCUGUUAUUAAUUUAUGUUUUAUCAUAAAGGAGUAGAUCUCAUUAAUCUUUCCGAGGAGUCCCAGUUUACUCAGGCAACAGAACAACUCGAAUAACAAAAAGCAAUAAUUUAACAACAUUACAGGUUGAAUAAAUGAGACAACAAUACAUGAGUAUUUAAACUUCCACAGUCGGAUGGAUAUCCCAGUCAAAUAAAAUCACUUUAAAUAGUUCAAGACCAGCUUUCAAAGAUGCAAAUAGAUUUGUAAGUAAUUCCAGUUGUAUUAGCAGUAGUAGGAGGAGGAGUUUUGCUCACUUUUCUUUGGGAGUGAAUGAAUGGAUGUUCACCAUAUAAUCGAUAAAUGAGGUGUUGGCUCCUAACUGUUCAAGGUGCUGUGCCCACCUCAGCCCCUUCACCUCACUCCGACAUCUCUCUGUCUGGAUCGUCUGAGUUGAUGUAAGGUGCUGAUUUUGUGAGCCAAGGCUCUUGUUUGAAAAUGGACAAAAGAGAUGAUGGUAAAAAGAGGAAAAUAUGGAUACAUUACUCACUACUGGAACAGCUCGACUCACUGACGACGACUCUGAGAUGCAGAAUACAUUUUUGGAAAAGCUAAUGAAAUGUCGAGUGAAGAUAUGACCAGAGUUUAUAUAGAAGUCUUCUUUGUUCUUACUGUAUUCAAAAAGAAAAAGGAAAAGCAGCACAAUUCUGUUUCAUGGCUUUUAGGAUCAUUGAUAGAUAAUAAACACCACAGAGUAUUCAUUAUCAGAAAAAGUAGUAGACCAAAAAGUUAGCCUCUAAAACCCGACUUAAAAGCUGCUAUCUCUUAUUUCUGUCUCUUGUUUCCCCCAGGCCCACUACUCGACAGGCAGAGUUUCUGCCUCCUUCACAUCCACAGCCAUGACUCCUGCAACAAUACACGAAGCAGGCAAGUGAACAUCUCACACACACACACAAACCCUCUGCUUAUUCCCCGCAGACAGAAACCUUCAGCGCUUCUUUCUUUGGUAGCUUUAAUCUUUAUUUUAUCCUCAAAAGACGGGCUGGUCACGCCUGCCCUUUUUGCUGCUCUGCGCUCUCACUCAGUUGAAUGUAGCUGCAUGUGGGAGCUGCUCUGUUUGACUGUGUGUUCCUCUCCUGUCAGUCUCUGGGCUACUCCAUGAGAGAGAUUUUGCUGUUACGCAACUGAAUAGUAGGUUCAGUGCUCUUCAGAAGAGGAGGACAGUGUUUGGAUUUAGUGACCCAGUUCAGGUUUUUGAAGAAGACAGUAAUGCUGUUUACUGACUUUUAUCGAUGUGCAUCUUAAGCCCAGAAUACUGAGAAAUGCUCCAGAGAACAGUCUUCUAAACUGUAUGUUUGUGCUUUACGGUGUUCAAAUGAGCAGCAAAAAUUGAUGGAUUUCUAUUCAACUCUUAGAUUAACUCCCAACUAGUGUGAUUAAUGAUUCAUUGGUUUUCGGUUUAUUUUUGGAGCCUUAUGCUUUAAUUGGUGAGUGAAACAGUGGGAAAGAAAACAUGAAGACAGGGAAAUGGGAGAAUGACACACUGCAAAGAGCAAACCCUGGCCGCCCACUCCCUGUCUGCAGCCUCUGUUCAGGGGGUGUCUGAUUCAACAGCUUAGCCAAAUCAGAACAUUCAUUUUUACUUAUAUUGAUACCAUCAUCAAGACUCUUAAACCACCCAAGUUUAAAGAAAGUCCACUAUCAAUACUUCUGUUUCAUUUGGUGUAAAGACAAGACUGAUGUCUGUAGUGAUUAGGAAAUAAAUAUUGGUAUCUUAAUUUCAGUAUUAGCAUAGAACAGUCCGAGCAUCAGUGGUUUUAGUGAGCUGUUCGUGCUCAUAUAAGUAAGUCUGUACUUACCCAGCCUUGAACACAUCAUGAUGAAACCCUACAUCACCUUCGUCCAACAUUGGGUAACUAUGUUUAAUUCCAACAAAGGUUGGGUUUGAUUACCACAGUGGAGGAGGUUGAUGACUCAGCAGCAGCAACAACCACAUGUUUGUGGUUUUUCAACUCAAAGAUAAUUAAGCAAAACUUCAGACCUCUUCAGACGUUUAUUUGCCUUAAUUCUUCUUUAUGUAAUGCUUUGCCUGUAGGCGGGGAAUUAAUUGUCUUCAAAACUUUUGGUAAUGCUGUAUGUAUGUUUGUGCAGCAGUGAUUUCACUUAGAUGGCGUGACCCAACUGCUUCAUGAAUCACUGUUGAUUUUCAGACUUUGAAAAUUUUGCAGCUGGGUCCUCAGUUGAAACAGUUUUUGAUCCCCAUCCCUAUUUUUGAUUAUAUGAAAGGAAAAAAAAAGUUAUAAUUUGUUGAUUCCAGUGUCUUUUUUUUUUUUCCUGCCAGUUUCCUUCUUUAUCAUCUUCUGUCUGAAUAACCGAAUAUCUUCAGGCUGUGGUCCAUACAAGUCAUUGUAUGACAUCAAAACUGGCUUUAGGAAACUAUAAUGAACUUUUUACCUUUUCUGAUAUUUUUUGAUCAAAUAACUUAGUGAAUAAUUCAAAGCAUUACUUAGAAGAUUAAUUCUUAGUUUAUACAAUCUUCUUUUUGACCUCUAGCUAUAAUCCACUAGCCUUGCCGGGCCAUCCUGUUGCGUGAAUCACUUGAUGUUCCUUCCCACCACAGUCUGGACUUCAGCCCAUAGAGAGCGUGUAUUCCCGAUCAGAAAAUAACCGGGCCAAUCAGAGACCGUGUUUCCACUGUUACCCGGACAACAGGGAAAGGCAGCCCCUGAUUGGUCCAUGUGUAGUGGUGACGUCUAACACAUGCUGCGGGACUUUUCAAAGCCCCGUUCAUUCAGAACGCCGUUAAUUCUGCAGUUGACUUUGCAAAGUCGGCAGAAAUCGUUUAUAUACGCAGAAGACGUCGGUUCAAUUCUUUGUUUAUUUUAUUCUUCCAGUAAGGCUAAAUGGAAAUUGCUAAUAAACCUUUGUGUUUAAAUAUCAAAAGGAAAAUAAAAAAGGGUAUUUUAAUUUAUUUUUAUUUUAUUGUUUAUAGGAGAGUAACCUUUAAUAACUUUGAACAACAACCUGCAAUGCAGAGACUUUUGGUUUUUAAAGGUCCCCUGCAUCCACAUCAAGCUGAGUCUCCUGAACAAUCUUGAAUAUUAGAAUUUGAAAAAUAAUUAUCAACUUAGUUACCAGCUGAAAUCUGAAAAGAAGUCAAAUAAUGACUUUUUGUUUUAUUGUUACAGACGCCAUUGCAGACGACACCGUGCGUUACCAGUAUGUAAAGAAGAAAGGCUACGUCCGUCUGCACACAAACAAAGGAGACCUAAAUGUGGAGCUACACUGUGACAAGGUAAUAACAUGCAUGUUUGCUGCACGCAAACAACCAGACCGAGUUAUACUUAUGCUUGCUAUGGAUUGGGCAAGAUUGCUUCAGUUUCACUUGUUUCUGUGUUUCCUCAGCUUAUGAGAAGAGAGAUUUCUAGUAAGGAAAUCACAUCCUUUCUUGUGUAACUGACUGAGCCCCUUAUGGUUUUUAAGAAUUUCCACAUGAUCACAGACGGAUAAAAUAACAAGGAAAAGGUUCUUUGAAGUUCCUUUGAAUUCACUGAUCUGGUCUGUAUUUAUUUUCAGGGUAGGGAGUGUUAGAAGAAAUCAGAAAAGAUAAAACGUUUAAAGCCGUCUGGUUCAGGCUCACAAACUUCAAACCCUCAGCUGGUCUCAUUUUCACCAAAAUAUCAAAGUUUGAGGAAAAACAACCCAACCUGUAAAAUGUGUAGUUUUAUAAAUGAGUCCUGCUGUUUUGGACCUCAAACUUUGCUGAUUUAAUUUGCUGGCACAGGUUUCUGAUUAAAGGUUGUUGUGAUGUUGGUUUGGACCGAGCAGGUGGUUAAAUGGCAUUCAAGGUGAAUUUUCAAAGCACUGAAAUCAGCCUCUUGCAGAGUCUGUCCCCCAGGUUGCCAGGUUGACGUCUUGGCAGAAAUGUGUUUCUUGUCUGCCUCUUUUUUAAGGUGAGGUGUGGGGCUCCAGAGAGACAGCGUGAGUCCCAGGAAUGCAUUUCUGCCCCGGUAACCGGGCACUUCAUGUGCUAUGUUUUCAUUGGCUUCUGAGCUGUCGAAUCAGAAUAAUGAGGGGAAAGUUGCAGCGGUUAGACAACCUGCCCUCUGAGCCCCACGUCCUCCUCCUCCCACCCCCCCAACCUUACUCCUCCGUGGUUUUCACACAAGAUUGCAGCUCUAUUUGUGGCCUGCUGUUUAUGAAUUAAUGAGUGCUGUUUCACUGUCACAUACACUCUCAGUCAAACUGAGCCAGAACCCACCUCCCUUUUAAAGUGCCCAGUGCUUACCUAGCAAAAGAUGUUUCAAUUAUCAAUGCCGUCGUUGUCCCCAGCUGGGGUGCAAUUUGAGCCGUAGGAGAUCGAGUUCUGUACCUUAUUCACACAUGAUGAUGUUGAAGGAGGUACAGCUUUGCUCUGGAAAUGGUCGAUAGUCUUCAGCUGUGUGGGAUGAAAUGAGUUUUUUCUGGACAGCUCCUGGUUUGUAUUGGACUUGGAUCUUUUGUAAAUUCAGUCAAAUAAACACGUUGAAAGUGGAAACAGCCAGAAUGUGGUGCUUAAUUAACUACUGCAGAGAGGAUUGAUAGAACAAAAUUACACUUUCCAUUCACUGGAUUAGAGAUUUGGGUAAAGACCAGGGAUGCAGGGGAUCAGACUUUUUGCAAUUAAUCAUUAUGCUGACAUUUUCAAACUCUUAUUGGUUCAAACAGAUAUUAGCAUAAACUUUUUCUUUGCUGUGAAAAAGACCAAAUCUUUUCUAUACUGUAGAACUUACCUGUUGCUCUUACUAUGAUGGUCUGUUGUUUUAGAAACAGACAUAAAACAGACACAAUUAAAUAAGUUAAACUGUUAUAUUGUGAGUGUUUAAGUGGUGUUUUUUUUUUUUUGCGCCUCUUUGCAUCAUCUUUUCUUCACAAGAUUUGCAGAUGGCCGUUAUGUUGACACUCAAAAUACUUUCCUAUAACCAACAUGGUGAAACUCGUCAUUUUUGUGCAUUAUUUGUCACUGUAGAGGCACAACGUGUGCGUCACCUAAUCGGCUGCACAGAUUGGCAUACUGAUAUAAUACAGAAAUAUUGUGCAUCCACAGUGAAGACUUAAAGCUCCUGUAAGGAACUUUCAGUUUGUGUUGUAUAUGGCACCCCUUGUGGUCAAAGCAACCUCCUCCUGACAGUCAAAUGUGUCAUUUAUCGUGAAUAUCCUAUACAGAAAUGUAAACGUACGGAUGUCUCUUCAUCUGUCACCUACCUCCCUGCAAUAUUUUCAUACAUCAAAAAUUACAAUAACAAAAUCAUGAGUCUGAUCAGCAAUAGUUUUGUUUACUUUUGUGUAUCUUCAAAAAGCAUAAUUCAGAUUUCAGUGUAUUUUAUAAAGGUUAAAAACUCCUGACAGAAGCUCUAAAUUUUCAAAGCUCCUGUCAGGAACUUAAAGUCUGGGUCAGUGUUGGCGCCCCUUAUGGGUACAGCAGUGUAUCUUAUCCCAUUUACUCAUGUCAUUCAGUUGUGUUUCCUGUUGCCAAACUCUUAAAACGACUCUUUAACGGUCAUUUUUAUCAGAAACUGUGGAUCUUUGCUGUGGGAAAUGUCAACAGAGGAUGUCUCUGCUGUAACUCACUUCAUCUUCCACUUACCCAGCAAACUUAAGAAAUGAUCAAUCUUCAAUCUAUCAUUUUUAUAAAGGUCACAUAGAAGCAUCAAUUUUAUUUUGGUCUGUUUCAUAACCAGCUAAAAAAAACUCACAUUGUCAUGAAGUUAAAGUUUCCACACAAGUGAUCCAACACGUGAUCAUUAAAAGCAAACAGUUCUGGCAGAAGUGCAAUAAACCGCGAUAAAUAGAGACUUAAAAUAGAGCAACAAUUUGAUUUUAAUACUGAGACCAAAAAGGCACUUUAAAAAAAUCAUCCCUGUUAAAUUAUAAUGUUGGCAUAAUUUGUCCCUUUUCCUUGGAUUGUCAGAGGUUUUGGGGAAUCUUAUUGGGUAUCGUACCAUCAUGUACUUAGAUGGAUGUAUGAAGAUGGUCGCAACUUUUCCUUCUCCAAGUUUGUCAUCUUGAUGCCCAGCUGUCAGUCCCAAAAGUUAUUACAAAUACCAGAACUUUGAUAAUUUGACUCAAAGUUUCAACUUUAUCAGACCAGGUGAUGUUGCUAAAAUGACUCAGCAGACCUGUGUUUAACUAACACUUCCUGAGACAUUGACUUCAGUCAAAUACUGAAACAUAACCUGGAUUCUUCUCUGUUUUGUUUCACUGUCUGACUUAGACUUAAACAAAGAGAGGAGCCUGUUAGGAUGCAUGAAUUAGUUUUUCUGUCUGCGUCAGCAAACAUUGUUUCCACCCUGACAUCACUGAUAACAUUUUUAGACCAGUAGGCAUGUUUCUAAAUUGGAUUGCAUUUUAAACAUUCCCAGGCUCAAACUCACACACAAACACAAAAGCAUGCAUCCAGACACGCUAAAUUAACCUCAAUUACAGGGCAGCAACCGAGUCAAGAGGCGGAAAAAGCCUCAAAGUUACAGAUAGAGAUCUCUGACGUGAAAGUUGCUGGUUAAAAUAGUCCAGAAGAAAGCAGCAAACACUUGAAUAGAGCAGACUUGUGCUUUGAUUUUAUUUUUAAAUCUACCAGUUAUGUGUUUUAACCAAAAAACUUGAUGUAACAUAUUUUCUUCUAGGUGUUUUUUUUCCCAAUCCAAGAAUCAAUUUUAUGCCAUCAAUGUUCAAAGCGAGUCCCUCUUUUUGUCUGGUGGUUUUAAAACAAGAAGCUCCUUUGAACCAGAGUGCUUUGAAAAUCAGGGAUUUAUUUUUAUAGAGGAGUGAAAUAGGCAGAGCAGUGAACCCCAACAGCAGAAUUGAGACAUAUGUGGAAAUAAGACCAGUGAAGCCUGCAAGAGACCUGUCACGCAGGAAAAGGCCAAUGAAUAAAAAUAGGUUUUUACGAAAGCAUGUGGUGAUUCUUGGAAACUACCGAGCGUUGUUGUCAAGGGGGAAAAAGUUGGUUUUCUCACACAAACACAGGCACAUCUUUCAAACACACUAAACAGUGUUCCUCCAGGCUGUUGACGCUAAUAACAGUAGACCUGACCAGCGUCAUUGUCUAAGCCCCGCCUCUCUCAAGGGGGACACAUACCAGCUUAUCCUAAAUUGUGCCAGACAGUCAAAAUUAGAGCCUGUCAGUAGGUGUUUGUUAUAAUUAUUUACUAGAUGCCUCAAAGUUUUUUCUUUAUGACCCGGGAGUUACUUUCAGCAAGAAGAAAAUCCAGAUGUGUGUGUUUUACACCAGCAGAUGUCUUUGUAGUGCUAAGCUUGCUGUAGAGGCAUAUGAGGCAGCCUCAGGCCACAGAUGAACCCUGCCUCUUACAGACUUAAACAUAUAGGAAACACUUGGAAGCAGGUCACACAGUUGCACGUGUGUCUCAGUUUGUUAGCGUGAAUGUAAAGCUACCUGCAACUGUGGGAACUCUUCCUGGAAGCUGAGAUACAGCCUGCCUCUGCAGCUCGACACCUUCACAUUGUCCUCAAGGCAGCUUAUGUACAAAGAGACCAAAGGCUAUACUCUUUCUCUUCUGUUUGGGCUCAGAUAACAAAUACACUGGAUAGUAGUGAUUGAUAUUUGAACUGUUGCUCUCCAUGUCUGUGUAUUUUGUUGUUCACAUGCUCGAUGUUCCUGUUCAGUGUUUGUUAUUAAUGGUCUGUGUACAAGGAUUUUCAUAAUACAAGAUUUUUGAACAUAGAUGUGAUACUAGUGAGACUCUUACAUACAUGUAAAUGUCUUUAAAAAUAAAUAUAAUGUAUAAAAAUAUUGACAUUUGCUUGUUGAGAACAUACUGACACUUCGUUAAUACAUGCACACCAAUAUCUCUGCAUGCCAACUACACUGGCAGAAUUCACAUUCUCUGAUGGCGCCAAUUGUGCUCUGGUUGUGCUCCUGUCUGACACCCGGCCAUGAGGCGUGUUAUUUGCUGUAGAGGGGCUAUUUAGUCUGUCAGAAACAAAACUGAGGGGAUAAAUGAAUGCUUUUGGUCUUUUUACUUUAACAAAGCAUGUUCUUUCUUCCAGGUUCCCAAAGCUGGAGAGAAUUUCACCCGUCUGUGUAAAAAAGGCUAUUACGAUGGGACGAUCUUCCACAGAUCCAUACGCAAUUUCAUGGUGAGGACUUUCAUAAAUCAGACUUGACUGCAUUAGCUUUUCAUGUAUCAUCAGUGUCAGUUAUCUUUUUGGAUGAGUUAUUACCUUUUUGAAAUAAUUUUUUUUUUUUGGUUAAAAUUCCAAUACAUCUCUGGUUUACUGUUUUAAUCAUGGAGCCCCCUAAGGGUCAAUCUCAGGUCCUCUACUUGUGUCCGUUUCAGUGCUGCUGUCACAUAUGUAUAUCAGAAGACAAAUGUUUUUAAUACGGCUGUAAUGUUGGCGGCACUCUUCGUAAAAAAAUUGCUUUGAACUCAGUGGUUUCAAACUUUCUGUAAGGCCCCCUUCUGUAGAUAAAUGUAUUUCCUAGCCUCCCCCACUCUUCACCAUACUGACACCAUAUCAUACAUCCAUAUCAUAUCAAAUACACAGACAGACAUGUCCUUUGCUAACAAAUACCUGUAUCCCCAAAAGUAUUUGUAGCAUUGCCUUCAAGAAGAGAAAGAAUCACAGUACACUGCAGUCUUUAUAAUCAUAAAUGUGUGGGUGGCUCUCUGUUAGUGGAGUUGAAGCUGAGUGUUGGAUAUCUUAAAAUUUCUGCUUUUUGGGUUUUUUGUUAGUUCAUUGUCUGCCUUCCACUUAUAUGUAAGUCCCUACACAAUGUGGGCAGUGCUUACUAAUGAACCCCGUGGAACUAUGAGUAUUGUUUUAACAAAGCAAUAACCCAGGGUCCCAUCCAAGGGUCAUGCACCCUCGUCUCGGGGAAAUAUGAAUGAACAGAUGAUAAUGUAUAAAACAAAAUCAGGGAAAUUUGAAAACUCCUAGUGAGAUGUUAUGACAGGUUCUAGUCUUAAGAUAAACAGGAUCUGAUUUUGAAAUUUGAGAAUUGGUCAAGCUUUUACUUUGUAGUCAAAUCAAAAUCAGGAAAAUAAGCAGGUUUGCACAAGCACAGGGUUUGUCUUGGUGUUUUGGUGCAAAGCAAUAAACAAAGCGAUAAGAUUUCUGCAAAACUGUUCAAUAAAGGUGUAUGAAUAACGACACACACUCAUUGAUUAGUCGUAAUCAACCAGUUAAUGUAUAGUUUUUUAGAAUAUCACGUUGACUAGUUUACUGUUACCUUUAUUUUCACGCAAUAUUCUCUUGUUAUUGCUGAAUGAAUAAACACAGCAUUGUCUUCUGACUAGCUCUCCACCUGAAGCCUCUGAGCUCAGACUGAGAAUUUGAAAAGAUGUCUGUGAUCUUCUGCCGCUCUGAGCGUUUCACAGAAGCCGCUCCCAUAAUUAAAGUGGCUCUGAGUGGUCAUCUGGUCUCAAGAGGACCCUUACCUUUUUCCUUCUGUCUCCUGGUUUUCAUACACAGUGUGGCGCACUGUGAAUUGUGUAUCCAUAAUUACUGGGCCACUUGUGCCUUCCUGGACUUAUCACAGCUGAAAAGGAGAGCAGCAUGGCCUUGGAGAGAAUAAUUUCAUAGCAACAAACUUGUUUGAAGAAGAAUGUUCAGAGGAAGAGCGCUGUGGCCUUUACUUUCCUUAAAGCACUUUAUCAGGACCCUGUGAGUGAACUGAACAUCCUGAAAUGACUCCAAAAAGAAUUUGACACUUUCACAGUAAAAGAUGAGAGGCCAACAGGCUGCUGCUGCUCAGGCUCCAACAGUGAAGAGGUGUUUCACACUUUUAUGACGCAGUCUAACAUCAGGCUGUAAUGUGUGCUGUCUCUGCGUACUCAGGAACAUACAGUCAUUCUCAGGACUUGACAAGAAUUCACUUAAACUACCUACAAAAUCAGCAGAACAACAUUUUGGCAGCCUUAUUUAUUUAUUAUUUUUUAGUAAUAGCACUGGACUACCACUCAAUAAGAGGUACACUUACACUGUUAUAUUACACCAUAUGAAAUAUGCGCCCCUAAUAGUUAAUGCUUUUAAGUCCGUCCAAAAACAUUUCUGCAUGUUCAGUCUGAGCUCUCCUUUAAUCGACCUUUGCCAGCUGUGCCCACAUUAACCCGAGUGUUUUGCUGGUAGACAGCCACAGUCUCUCCUUGUGCUCAUGUGGUGUCAGAAAUAUGGGGGGAAGAAACAGUUUCCAGGUUGGAAAAUGCUCUUGAACACCUGCUCAAGUCAGAGCGACAACUCUGAAACUAGGGGAAAGAAUUCAGUGCCCAACUUGCCAACCUGAUGAAGUUUGAGAAACUUUCUCCUCACUCAUGUAUUGGACGGAAACGUGUAGCUCAAAUAGAAUUUUAGAGUUAGAGAAACUUGUAAGAAAGGUGAUUUAUAUGAAAUGAGUGUGGUAGUUUAAUGGUUAAAGUUUACGUUUUAUUGGCGUGUCAUAUAUUGCUUUUUCUGGCUAGCAUUAACUUACAUGAACUCACACAGUACACAGUCAGAGGGCAGAACAAGUCGACAUUAUGAAACAGAAGGAGACCACUAAACCAAGUAUACACUAACACAUACGUACACAUGUAUAAUUAAAGAGACUAUCUUGCUUGAGCAUAUCUUACUUUAACAGCCAGUCCAGUUUUGCUCAUCAAGCACAUUAUUUCAAGCUUUCCAGGUUUUAGCCCUCAAAAACAAGUCAGGCCUGUCAGGCAUGUGUAACGUUCAACUCAUAUUAAAAGCACGUGAACACACCACAGUUCCCAAUUUGCACACCGGGGCCACCCCAGGAGCACAUGACUGUAGUGUCUGUCUGAUUCUGUGGUAUUUCUUCAGCAUAGUCCUCUGGCUCUAAUAAACACUCCCAAAUACCUUCAACCAAAAAAUUAUGAACAAGUCUUUCUUCUCUAACAUCGUCCUCUCAUUUUUAAUAUGCCAGUUUGGCUUUUUAUGUUUUUUUCCUUGGUUAUUUGUGAACAAACUUAGAGACUAAGCCUGGACAGUUUAAGAAGAAACUGCAACUAGUGAUUUCAUUGUUCAUUAUUGUGAUUGAGAGUGUGUUAUAACUGUAAUUCAGUUUCUCUGUCUGUCUGCUGUUCUUUAUAUUCUACAAAACACCUGCCAUUGUACUAUGUUGUUACUGAGUCCAAGAUAAACUAAAAUGCUGUUCUUUUUGUCACUAUAAUCUUAGGGUAGCUCAUACUAAAGUUAGAAUUAAUCUGACUGCAUCAAAGUGGUUUCAAAGCAGUCAUCAUAUACAGAUCUCUAUCUGAAAGAUAGACGGUGAGUGAGGAAGUAUUAAUAGUCGAAAUCAUCUUCAGGGAUGUGAUUCAUUCAGAUUUAUCUGGGAUUUUUGAUUUCCCAACCCAAAAAGUUUGCCCUUGAGACUUUAAAUUAUCCAUGAGGAUGUUAGUUGGUAUUUAGCUCAAACUCAACCUGCAGAUUUUAAAAGGACAGCGGAGUAAGAGUAUAGACAUUUCAUGAGCAUAUUUCUGUUACAGAGGCAAGCACUAGUUAUGCCGUCAUAAGGGUCUCUGCACUAAAGUGAUGAUUUUAUAAUACAAAUGAGGAUAUACGGUAACAUAAUGAUACAAAACUACCAUCAGAUUCUGUGAUGUAAAAAUGCUCCCAGAUGCAUCACAAAUUCCAGACUAUAUAAACUGACAGCAUUUAUGCUGGAAAAUCAGCAUAUAACAUCAAAAAUGUUUGCUGGGAGAAAUAGAAACAGAUUCAACAACUGGAGCUCAUUCACGGUCUGGAUGCAUCAGUGUGUAAAGCUGUUGUUGUGAACAGUCAAGGUUUUAUUCACAAUUGUGAUCACAUGUCCACAUGAGUUUGUGGUGUUGUGUCUGUCUGUAGCCCUGUGGUUUCGCUGUCAUGUUAAAUGCACCUCUUUAUUAACACAAACAGUACAGAGAGCCACUCAGCUCAACUUUGCUCCGUAGCAGCUCUCGCAGUCAGAACCCCCCUGUGUAUAUUAAAACAAGAGGUCCACAGAAACGCACAGAGCAGCACUCAGCUAUAUAAACAAUAAUAGGAAAGUGGAGUCUUUACAAUGAACAAUAGAGGCCUGUGUCCUGCAAGCUAAUUCACUGUGAGUACUCACAAGGAACAUGCCUGCAGGUUUGAAACAUGACACUAGGAAAUAUUGUCCGGCAUUACUUUACCACUUAACAGCAAUCAGACAUUUUCCGAUUAUAAGUGAAAGAAGCUGCUCGUCAUAAUUUGCCGCACAAACCUGGUUUUGGUUUUCAGUGUGCACCUUCUGACGUCAGCCAAACUAACAGAGUGUUUUUUGUUUUUCAGAUUCAAGGAGGGGACCCCACUGGCACCGGCACAGGUAAAAUGAAGACUGCACUCAAACCACAUUUGGGAUUACAUAACACCAUCUGUGUUUAAUUAUUUAUGGCCCCUUUUUGGAUGCUUUGAGUAAAUACAUCUUGAAACUAAAGAUGCAAGUCAAAAGUGUUGCUAAAUAUAAUCGGUGAGGGCACAUGGGAGCACAGGAGACCCACAUACGCACACAUACAAAAACGUAGGUGAUGUAAUGGAAGAGGGAUGAGUGUGUGCUCCAGAAUAAGGGUGUGGUGAACAACCAAUCAACCAGCAUUUGGUGUAAUUUCCCUUUUUUUUUAAAAGCCAGUUUAAGAGGCAGCUCGGUAUAAUUGACUGCUCAGUUAAUUUCCUCCCCUCGUGUCAUCUGUGCUGCUCAGAGAGUCUGCAGCACAAAACCUGCUGUGUGUCCUUGGGCGUUUCUGAACACUACGCAAACUGCACCCACUGUGACAGAUUUAUAGAGGUACAGGAUUCCCGACCUGUUGGCAAAACUCUCUUCAUCACCUGGACUGAACAGCGUGUGCACACAGCUCAUGAACAGACCCUCAGCUGUUUUUGUUUUAAUGGAUUUCUGCUGAGUUUUAAAGAGCCUGUGUUCAGUCAUCAUGCAAUUUUCUGUGCCAUUAAAGGGAUAUUCCGGUGCAUGAUAGCAAUACACAGCGGUCUACGUCUCCACGUGCAAGCCUUAACCAAAAAGACACUCUAUAGUCACAAAUAAUUCUCAGAACAGCACCUAACUUCAUCAACAGUACAUAUAGGGUCCCAGCCAUAGUACUAGCCACCAAACAUCUUUUUAGCUUUGACUGGUUUCUUUAGUGAAGAGACUAAACACAACUCACCCACUCUCUUUCAGCAGCCACUUGUUUGUGGGGGAGCCCUGAUGAGUAGAUCACCGAGUGCAGCUGAUCAUUUCCAUAAAGUAAUAAUCAUCAUAUUAAUCAUUUUGCACUACAGACGCGGUAGUUCUUCUGCCUUAGUGUCUCGGUCUGAUUGCAUUUCCAUUAAGUAAUUAUCAUAAAUGUUCUUCCUUGAGCUGCGAAACUCCACUGCACUCGGUGAUCAACUUGUAAGCCCCCCCCCCCCACAAACAAGCGGCUGCUGGAGGGUGAGUUGUGUUUAGUCUCUUUGCUAAAGAAAUCAGGCAAAGUAAGGAUGUUUGGUGGCUACUAUGGCUGGGACCCUGUAUGUUCUGUUGAUGAAGUUAGGUGCUGUUCUGAGCAGUAUUUGUGACUAUAGAGUGGCGUUUUGGUUGAGGUUUGUGUGUGGCUCCUGAGACCACUGUGUAUUGCUAUUGUGCGGUAGUUGAUAUAACUAGAGAAGCAAGCAGUCAGCAACAUUCAUCUCUUGACGGGGUGGCUAACUUGGUGUUACAGUGUGUUUGACCAUGACUUAAAAUUAUGCCGGAAUAUCCCUUUAAGAAUAGAUUGUAUGAGGGCCAAAGCAAGGUUGUCUAACUUCCUUUCUAUUCAAUGUACAGUGACAUCAACCUGUAGUUAUGUGAUUGACUGCCUGUACAUUAGAAAAGCUUGAGACAAAUAAUAUCUUCCUAAACACUGUUUCACAAAUUUGCAAGCUUUUUUUCUCUCUAUGUUUGUCUAAAACCUGAUGGUGAUUGUUACAAAGAACUAAAAACUGUAACAGGGAGAAUGUCAGUCUGAUUGCUGUAGGUCUUUAGGGUUUUUUAUAUAAGCAGUUAAAAACUCCUUAUAGGAGCUUUAAAUCAUGGCCAUCCUCCUGUAUAAACAUCGUUUUGACCCAAACAGUCAGGAUCACUUUAAGAAGUGAGCAUCUAUUACUUACACAUUUUGAACACUAAGCUCCUGCCAAAGAGAAAUUCACUUGCCUCCAGUUUCUGUGUGUGUGUGUGUUGAGAGUGAGAUGGCAAAAUAAGACGUGAGCCAUGAUAUGCAGCUUUCUCUUGAAUUUUGAUAUUCAAGUGUCAGAAAAUCCUUGAGAGAUUGCCCUCCCAUUUCAAGUUGUACCUCUCUUUCAUUGCUUGUAUAUACACUGGAAAGAAAGACACAUCCUGCUGCCUGCUCAGUGUAGCGGCAACUCUUUCCCCAAGUACAGAUGAGCCUCAUUGAUCUAAAACCUUCAGAGCCAGACGCUCUGGAGAGAGCCAUGUUUUAUACAUUGACUUGAGAUUGAAAUCCCAGACAUACAGUAUACUGAAAGUAAGAAACUAGAGGCACACAACUUCCUGUUUUAAAAUAUACAAAUAAAGUCUUCCUUAGUGGAGAUGCUUCACAGUUGUCAGCUGGAAGAGGAGGAGCAGGAGGUGAUUUUGACCUUUUCUUUGUUUCUUUCCUGUUUAACCUGCUCAGGAGGACAAAGUUUUAAGUCUUUCUGUAUUUCUAAAUUAGAAGCAGUGCAGUUUAAUUAAUAGGUUAAACUCAUAAUGAGGGUUAAACUGUUUGUUUUAUUCUCCUCUGUCACUUUCCUGUCAUGUAUGAUGGAGUCACGCUGAGGUAAAAUGUCAGUGAGGAGAUAAAUUAUGCAGAAAUGUCACCAGGGAAAGCCUCUGAUUGGUCCAUCAGUUGGCAGUAUGCAUUGAAACCCCAGCACUAACACACACACAUAUAGUACAUACUGUACCUGGCUGUUUAAUGCACAUACAGCAGCUGGUGACGCAGUGAAACACACCUCAGGGCCACGGAUCCUCUCCCCGCUGUGGGACGCCAAUAAGCUCCUGCAGAGUGUAUUCCUGUAUUCUCAUCAUGAUGAUCCUUAAUGAUGAAGUCGGUCUGAAUAAUGAUUCACAGCUGAAGGCUCUCAACACGGCUCCAUGUUCAAGGGCAAAUGGGGCUUUUUAGUCCCAAGAAAACACACAGCCGCUUAACUCUGUCUCUCUAAUGGUGCAGUAAUUUAAACUAAUGUACUGAUGGGGCUAUUAAUUUGUGCCGUUUCCUAAAAAAAUCUUUAUCUAACUGUGUUUACUUGUUUCGGGAUUGUUGUGCAAAGCGGAGCAGAAAAUUAAACCCCGUAUGAACCCAGUCUUAUCAGCUUUACUCCCCAAAGUGUAAUCAGUUUUGUUUACAUACAGAUAGUCCCAGAUGGUGUGAAAAAUGACGUAUUAACACUGUGAACUGUCAGCGACUUUGGCUGGAAAGUGCUGACUCAGGGAUCUUCUUUAUUCGAACAACAGAAGUACAAGAUUGGCUUUUAAGAAUGUGUUGAUACUACAUCGGUGAAACAUUCCUCACUCACCUUUAACAGUGUAUUAAACGAUUUCCCCUUUCCCUUUGUAAGGAUGUACUUCUUUAUACAUAACGGGGUCUCUUUGGAGGUGUUUUCUUUUAUUCUUAAAAUUGGUUUGUCAGCGAAUAAAACUGUGUUUGCUUAAGCCCGACAAGUUCAGUGCAUUACCAAUCCUUGUCCAACAACAGGAAGAGCUGAGAAAACGCUUUUGUUUACAAUCAGGCUUUUUAUCAGCUUGUAGCCUUAGUUUGUCCUCAGAUCCUUUUGUUGGUGUUGGUGUUUGUUUGUUAGCAUGUUAGCUGUCAGAAAGUAUAACUUGGCCUCUUUUAUUUGAUAGCCUGUUUGAUUUAUAACUGUGACCACUUUAAGUCAUCCAAAUCUUUUAAUAUGAACAUUUAAGAUGAACGCAAGUUAGAAAUGUGCCAUCAGUAAAAACAUGAUAAAAGAUCCAUAAAGAGCCUAAUCAUUCAAUCUCAUUUUGCAUCAGUAUAUAAACACUGGUGCAUAUAAUGCAUAUGACAAAUAACUGUCUGUUAAUUAGUCAUUAUAAGGCACCUAAUCACCAUGACCAUGUUUUUUGACCUGCAAGCCAUUAGUUAAGGGUUUUCCCGAAUAACCUCCUAAUUAGUGUUUAUUUAUAGCUUAAAAGGAAGUUGUUAUACAUUUAUCACCAUCUUGAUAUACUUAGCUGAAAAGGGGCUAAUAAAGAUGAUAGUCCCAUAAAAUACCAAUCCUUCCUCAAUAAUUCACACAAAACACACAAUUAGAAAUGUUAACAGAGUCCUCCUGAGUAAAUGUGUUUACCAUUAAUUAACUAUUAGUUUGAUAUUGUUUAUUGUAAGGUUAAUUAGAUUAAUUAUAGUGAUACUUGUGUUUAUGUAGCACUUCAGGAAGACCUCAGGCAGCAGUCAAACUCGUAGAGAGUUAUCAGCUCACGGUUAAAGGCAGAGAUUGGUCAUCGAGAAGAAGUUCUAUUCAUGUUAGAUGCUUCUGUUUGACUUCUAUGUAACCCGCACUAAUAAUCUGAUAGAAUACUUGACUCUCUCUCGUUCUCUUUCUCUCUCUCUCUCUCUCUCUCUCUCUCUCUCUGUUGCCAGGAGGGGAAUCCUUCUGGGGGAAACCUUUCAAGGAUGAGUUUCGGCCCAACCUGUCCCACACCGGCCGGGGGGUUCUCAGUAUGGCAAACUCUGGUCCAAACACCAACAAGUCUCAGUUGUAAGAAAUGUUUUUGAGCGCACAAAACCCUCAUCUGUCACUCUGUGCAGGAAAGCCGGUCAGCUGAGAGUUAUGUGUUGUUUCUUUGUCUGUGUUUUCCAUCCUUUGAUAUCUUUGCUGAGUCCCCCACAGGACGUGAAGACAUGAAAAAAUCACUGUGGUGUCAGAAAAUGUUAUUUAUUAUGCCAUUUACCGACUUGGUUGUGUGCAUUUGUUUAGAUUUCCGUUAAAUAAGUUGGUGGUUCUUACAGAAAAAUUUUACUUCUCUAAAAAAAAAACACUGAACUGAAACUGUGAUUAGACAUUAUUAUUGUCUUGUUGACCUUGUUUAUUUGUGGUCACUCUACUUCAAACCUCACCGAUGUAGCAUUUAUAAGUGUGUAUUGAUAUAAAUCUCCACAUGCUAUAUUAAUAGAGGAGAAAUCACAGUUUGAACACUUACAUAAGUACCUUUCUUACUAUAUUCAUACAGUCACAUUAUUAUAUGCUGAUCAUAUGCAUUUCUUCUGUUUGCCCUCAGCUUCAUCACGUUCCGGUCAUGCACCUACCUCGACAGAAAGCACACAGUGUUUGGAAGGUAAAUUUUCUGUUUUUACUUGAAGGUUUGUGUGUUUGUUGGUGUCAAAAUGUCUCAAUGUUUUAGUGUGCACUAUGGAUUAGUGACGGUGUUUAGUAUAAUGUAGGAGCUGAGGCAGAUGUCCUAGUGGGGUGACUGUCAUGACAAACACUUGCUUAGCAAUUAGUGCCAUUCAUUCACACUGUUGUGUCUGAGCCUCUUUUUUUCUCACGUCUUUCUGUCUGCUUUCUCUUUCUCUUCUCUCCCCUCACUGUCUGUAUUUCCCACUUUUUGGCUUUAUUCUUUGAAUUAUAUUUACUUCCCUCAGAGGUCCAGACAGUACAAACAGUGUUGCGACUUCCAGUCUGACUCCUGGCUGACAGUAGUAAAAAAUUUAGCAGCUGCUGAAUCUGAACUAAAGGUUCUUUCUCUCUCUGCUGAGCUGAGCUGAACCGAGCGUGAUCUAAAUUGGUUUCUUUUUGGAGGAAGUCCUGCCUGUUGUCUAAAAAUAUGCAGGCUGUUUUCAACCGACUGAUUCUUUACAUGGUCAACAAACUUUAAAAGCCUCUGCUUUCACCUCAAAUCCAGCUUUUUUUAUCUGUCCCGGACUGCAUUUAAGACACUUCAUUUGAUCUAUACGUAAUGUGAGGUCUACUUGCUAAGGUGUGGCCACAGACAGGUCGUUUGUUCUCUUUGGAGAACAGGUAUCAUGGGGAAAGUCCUCUGUUCAUAGCCUCCGUUUACAGAUUUAGUAUGUUAUCUACAUAAUUUGUAGUCUGGAGUUUGUUGGAAAUAAACGAAACAGGACUUCUUGGCUGAAAUUCGUUUGUUCUUUCGUUUUGAGACCCCAGAUAAGUUUGAUCAACAAAUUGGGGAUUUUUUUAAAUAACAAAGUAAAUGUAUAAGUCUUUUACAACUAUGACAAAGAGUCUGAUUAAGUUUUCCUCUCCUUUUUUGGUUUAUCUUCUCUACCUUUGGGGCAGGAUUGAGAGAUGAGAACUGACAGAAAAUAAAGAGAGUGAGAAAUUUGAAAAAAUGACAUGCAACCAGAGGUCCCUGGCCAGACUGAAAUCGUGACGCCGCGGUUCACAGUCAGCGCUUUAAACCCCCUCAGCACCCAGGGCUUCACAGAGUUUGUAUUGACAGAGAGUUAAAUCCACAGUGCUGAACGAACAGACAAAAACUCUCCACACCAGUAAGCCCCAACAUUUCUAAGACCAUGGGGAUUAAUCAGAGCAAAAUAAAAGAAAAACACCAGUGCUCUUGUCACCUUGCGUAUUGAUUUUUGUUUUAUCAUAGAUGUUGAGAAUUUAGAGGAAAGCUGUUAUACUUGGUACGAUCAUAGUGAGCAGGCAUACUUUGGCUUAUUGUUUGCUCCGUUUGAGCAACUUUUUAAACAUUUGUGGUCGUAAAGAUUGAUCGACAGUCUGCAGUAUGGCAUCACAGUAUUUAUCCUGCUGUCAGAGUUUUUCACUGAUAAGUGUUGAAUGCUUCUAUCUUAUGAAGUCAUGGAUUGUGGGAGCUCCUCUGUUCAUGUGAACAUGUGGCAGCAGGGCACAUGUUUCCUGAGAGGAACCCCUGCUUGUGAUUGGCUGUGCUGUGUUUGUGUGAAAGUGUGUGUGUGUUGUUUCUAACCCCACACAUGAAACCAGGAGGCCCCCACAGGAGCAGCUGGAUAAAGACUUUUCAGUUUAAAGAGCAAACCGAGAGCGACGUCUUACAGCACUCUGCAGCAGGGGAGGCAAUAACACACCGGCCUUUUGGCCUCCAGUGUUUGACACAUUCUACAUCUUUCCUCUGUUGUGUUUUUAUGCUCUUAAUAAUGACUUAACUUCUUCUUGUAGCAGCAACUCAUGUUCACUGUCGGCUGAGGGAAAUAAUGAGCACUGUGCAGACCCCCUCAAACGAGGAUGGUGUCUCUGAAUGUCACUUAAUUUAGAUGUAAGUCUUUAAAUCCACACUGUUUAGUUCAGUGCAGUUUAAACUUACCUUUCCCUCUGGGGACGACAGACUUGUACUACACAUGUAUCACUUACUGAGGUCUGUGCGUCCUUGUAUUUUUGAUGUACAAAUGAGCUAAAAGACAGAAAAGGUUAGAAAGAUGAUUAUAAUAAAUAUGCUGAUAAACAAAAUGCAAUAUGAUAUAGACAGUGUCUUGUUAAUGUCAGCCGUCAGAUCCUAAAAAGAUAUUGUGAAGAACAAAGAUGGCGUUUGUCUGACUGUAAAUACUGAAAUACAACAUAGAGGUGAAGUUGAGACCAUGGCCUCACCAGCUGUCAAACAGUCACAACAUACUGACCUGUCAGUCAAAUCCAUAUCAUGCCUGAUUCAAAAUGAUCAAGUUAUACAGAAUAGCUUGUGAAGUAACAUGAACUAUAGAAACAAGGCACAGAGACGUAAUCGUGUCUAAUGACAGGCUGUGCUCUUGGUAACAGGAAAAAAAAAAUCACUUUGAAAAACAGAGCUAAAUUCGAGCUCCCCUCUGGAGGAUCCUCAGGUCACAAAGGGACAAAAUCUCUCUGUUUCACACUGAUGAUCACAGAGCAGGUUAAAACAAUUUCAGUCGGUCUGUCUUUUACUGUCAGGAGAUAAAAAAGAAGAUCAAUAAAAUAGACAAAGGAUUGGACUAACUGAAAAGGAAUAAAGCUUCUGUUCACAGAAACUUCUAUUGCAUCUCCUUCACAAUAGCCACAAUAUUUACAUUAAUGAAUGUAAUAUAUAAAUAUAAUACACCCUCGACAGUCCCUUAUCUCCUUCUCUGGCAGUGAAUCUGUUAAAACUUCUUCAACAGUUGCUUGUUGUUUCUGGAUGUGUUGCUCCUGUUUUAUCUUUCCUGAUGAACAUGAAAGUAAUCUGGAGGUUGUAUGGGGAAUCCAGGGUUCUCCUGCGCUCACAGAGGAUUUGUCAUCACAAAAAAUAAAACAAUGUUUUUUGUUGUUUUUUUUUUCCCUCUGCAGGAUUGUUGGUGGAUUUGAGACGCUUACAGCCAUGGAAAAUGUAGAGAGUGAUACCAAAACAGACAAACCAAAGGUAGGAUAAGGAUAGGAAUUGAACAGAACUGAAUAGAAUAGAAUCACAUAGAGUAGAAAAGCAUAGAAUCGCAUAGAAUAGAAUGAAAUCAGUAUAAUAGACUCCAAUAAUAUAGAAUGUAUGAAAUUGAUAGAAUGAAAUAGAAUCAAAUAGUUUAGAAUAGAAUCCAGUACAACAGAAUAGAAUAGAACGGGAUAGAAUGGAACUAAAGGAAUAGAAUAGUUGAAUAGAAUCACAUAGAAUAGAGAGGAAUGGAAUCACAGAGGAGAAUCGAAUAGAAUAGAAUUUAAUCAAUAGAAUAGAACCCAAUAAGAUAGCAUGUAUGGAAUCGGAUAGAAUGGAAGAAAAUAGAAUGAUAUAGAAUAGAAUCCAAUACAACAGAAUAGAAUAGAAUGGGAUAGAAUGGAAUCAAAGGAGUAAAAUUGUUGAAUAGAAUCACAGAAUGAAUAGAAUAAAAUGAAAUCAAUAGAGUAGAAUCCAAUAAAAUAGAAUGUGUGGAAUAGAAUCGAAUGGUAUGGUAUAGAAUCCAAUGCAGUACAACAGAAUGGAAUGGGAUGAAAUAGAAUAGAACUAAAGAAACUAAAUUAAAGAUAAGAAUCAAAUAAAAUAGAAUGUAUGGCAUUGAAUAGAAUGGAAAGUGAAUCACAUAGAAUGGAAUAGGAUAGAAUAGAAUAGAAUGAAAAAAUAAACAAUGUAUUGACAAGGAUUGAAGAGAACUGUUACAAUAGAUUUUACUUACUAUUUGCAUAGGUACAGGCCAGUACAGGUACAGGUAUGUUGGAAUGUUUAUAUGUUACAUCUUGUGGCAGGUUCAUCAAAAAAAAAAAAAAGAAAGAAAAAGAGGACAGUGAAGUGUUACAGUUAGAAGAAGAAUUCACAAGAAAUAAACACUGAACAAAAAGAAAAAAACACUUCAAACUGUAAAAGAAGACACUUCAUACUGUGAUGAAAAACGUGUAUGUGAACUUGCACUGAGAAGCAUUGCAUUUGGUGUGAAUUUUACACCUAUUUUAAACAUACAUUAGAGUUGAGGUUUUGUGUUGGGAGAGAAACCUUUUGAAUUGUAAUCUUAAAAUAAAAGGUUACUAAAUUUAGAGUCAUUGAUCCAGCCUCAAUACUUAGACAAAGAUUGUCUUCACUUCACUUCAGAGGGCAUGUACUCUUUGAAAACAGAGAAAUACUCUGUUUCUCACUAUCUUGACAUUUAUCUGACACCUCUGUCCAAAGCAAAUUACCGAGCUCAAGUGCAAACUCAUUUCAAGUUCCUCGAUGACUAACAUUAAUAUCAUCUGAGAGGGGCAGGACUCAGCCAUAGUGCCAUUUUGACCCUUACACGGAUCAGCUAAAGGUCAGCGGCUGAGAUGAGAAAUGAAUCGGGGGGCUGGGAAGAGAUGACUGAGAAAUGCCAAUGAAGGGUUUUAUUUUGCUCGGUAAAGCUGGUGUUGUCCCAGUCUACUUAGAUGACACCAGCAGUAAAUAUAGUUAACAUGUUGUUUAAAACUUGUACAAAUCACAUGACUUAGCUAAACUGUUCAGUCAAAUUGAUAGAACUCCAGUUUUUUAGACUGUUAGAACAAACUUAAUUUUGAGAUAUUUAAGAUAGCCAAUAUUUUAAUAACUAAAACAUGAUAGGUAUGAAAGAAUAAGUUAAUGACUGCAUUAUCUAAAACUUAUGUAAUGAUAACACGGGAUAGUUAUUUCUUUUAAACAUGUCCCUGGUUUCUCAUUUUUUUCCGCUCUGUUUACAGUCGGAGAUCAAGAUCAUAAGCACGACUGUGUUUGUUGACCCGUAUGAAGAGGCUGAUGCUCAGGUUUGUAUCCCUCUGACUUUUGAACUUCUUAAUAGAUCUUAUUGUUGUUGUUGUUAAAAACUAGAAGCCACAACUCCUGAAUGUUCUUAUCAUUCAUAACAUUUGUUAGUAUUUGAUGGUGACACAUUUGUAGAUGUUUUUUGCACCAGCACGUGUUUUAAAGUCAUUAAUAUCAAGUUAACUCUAAGGUCAAGGCUUCGGGGUAAACUCCUCUUUACUGUUCCUUUAAAAAAUCUCUUAUUUGAAAUAGUGUUCGGAGAACGAAAUGAGAAAAGAUCAUCUUCCAUAAUAAAGAGAUACUGUUUAAUCUUCUUGGUACUUUAAUUUGGAUGAUAUUCUUUUUAAAAAAAGAGGUUUGAACUCCUUUUACUCCUUUUCUAUUAAAUGUUAAACCUCAAAUAUAAAAUGAGAAAGUAUUUUUAAUUUUCAGAAGUUUUACAGCUGGAAACAAGAUGUUUCCAACACUUAAAACUCUUUUCUCAGUUUUAUGAGGCUUUAUUAACUUUUACUACACGUUUAAGCCUAGAAUUAAAGUUUUAUAGUCGCUGUUUGAUUUUAGAUCCAAACCAUUAAACUGAGAUUAGAACAAACGCUGAAAAAAGAGGGAUUGUUUUCAUGUGCCAAGCUAAUUCACAAGCAAGCUUUUUGGCAUGUUUAUUGACAACGUAAUCUCAGAAUGAAAGGCUUUUGUCCACCUGGAGCUUGUUGUCUCUCCUGCAUUUCAAACAAGGAUUGUGAAGCGAGAGCAUCGAACAUGGGUCUAACAGUUUCAGAGCAUGCAAUCUUGCAGCGUCAGAGUAGCCUCUGUAUCCUCUGAUCUGGUGUUUAUUUGUGGGAUUUUUCGACUUUUCAAUCAGAUCGCAGCAGAGCGAGAGAAAGAGCUGCAGAAGCAGGAGGAGGAGAGGCAGCAGACCAACGCCGCCCUGAAGAAAGCAAAAGAGGAGGAGGCGCCCAAGACUUUCAAAGCUGGUGUGGGGAAAUACAUCAACCCUGCUACAAUGUAAGGAAACAACAUUCAGGCAUACGCACUUAUUUACUAUUCUACAAACACACUCUGCUUCUGCUUCACAGUGACUCACCCACGGACAUAGCUUUGACGUACAUGCAUCGAAAAUGAGCCAAAGUUCAUUGAAUCUGCUCUGUAGACAGAGUUUAGUCUGGAGUGUUUACCUGACACUUACAGAAAUUGCCUCACACUUUGACUGGCUCUCUGUUAUAAGCCAUUUGAGGAGUGAAAUAGUCAUGAAUGGAUGAUAAAGCAUGAUUGUUACAAAGCAGCACAGGAUGAGUUUAGACAUAAAGUGCUGAAUUGCCAAUUAUGCAAAAGAUUACCUCUUUUCCCCGCGGGGAUAAUUCAGCUUUAUUACCCAGACGUUAUUUUCUCUCAGUCCAGGUUUGCCUUGUUGUAUUUUGUGAUAUAACUCUAUAUUUCACUUCAGUUUGAAGUUUAUGUACCUGUUUGGCAUUAAGGGAAGUUUAUGAUGGAGGAUAAUAUCAAAUAUGAUAAAGAGAUGAGACAUUCGGCUCCUGGAGAAUCCUAUAAAUUUCUGCUGGCCGCAUUAAGUUUUAACAGCAUUUAUAUUUGUUUAGGAUAUUUUUUCUGCCACAGUUUGAGUCGUCUGUGUUUCCACCUCAGAAGAAUUGAGCCACAUUAGACAAAGACAUUACAGUUAAAGUACUUUACACUAUGUUUCGCCCUGCAGCUCUGGGCUUAAAAACGAUCAUUAUCCAGAUUGAAGGUGCAUAAACUUAACUGAUAAAACUGCUUUGGUGCGUGUCGGUGGUAGAAGGUAUAUGCGUCAAGGUUGUAUCCUCAGAUUCACCCCUUUCUGUUCUGCUCCUGCAUCACAUUCCUACAUCUAGAUUUAUUCAGAGCGUGUUACCACUAAUGUACCCGCGGUAAUGGUCAGCCCAUUUCACCGACGGCUCAAUUAGAAGGUGACAUGUGGAUUCUGUCAGCACAUGCUAAUGGCCUUCCUAGAUUAGUGUGCAGAGAAGUGCUUUUGCAGCUGUGAGAGAUCGUCUGUUGAUGAAAAUGAAACAGAAGUAUGAAGAAAAGAUAUUUAAUCCGGUUUAUUUGUUGGGCACUGCUCUCCAAUUUAUUGCUGUGUGUGGUGCCAAACAACCUUAAUUUGCUCCACACACACACGCACACACACUGAAAGCUUUCCUGUCCUAAUACCCACACUCGUGUGCUUUCUUCUCUUUCUCUUUGCUUGUUCGUGUGUCUGAUCUUUUGAUCGUAUGCAUGAGCAGCAUGUUUUAUAAAGACCCCAAAACAGCUCAGCUGUGAAAGGUUUCACUCAAUGAUCAGUUAUUAUAACAGGUGGACAAUCCAUGUUAAUGAUGAAGCGUUACUCAGUGAUCCAAAUGAAGACAGCAGACUAAUACCAUGACUUAUAAAGCCACUGUAUGAGAAGGUUCAUAUUCAGCACGAGGUGCCACACUGUAAUCACUACAUUAACAGGGGAGACAUGCUGAAAGACCCCUGGGCUCUCUCUGGGCUUGUUAAAGGUGCUGCAGGUGAUCAGAUGUUAAAAGCUGAGAUUGUGAGAAAUCAUGUAAAUCGUUGAUUAUGAUUAAUCCUGGAUUAAAACAGAAGAAAAAAUAAAAAUGGUCACUUUUACAUGCAGGCAGCUGGAUAGAAACUCUCAGGCUGUCCGCCCAGGAGUCGAAAUCCCUGAUACCAGUCUUUCAAAAAUCUUGUUCCACCUUGUGAUUGUGAUCUGGCACCAAGGGUUAUCAGCAACCUUAAUCCUACACUGUCAGAUAUAUCAGUCCUUUAGUAUCCCUGCUGUGGAAAAUGUCAAAACCACACGGUAGUGGUUUCAGACACCUAUAAAGAAAAAGUCCAUCUUGUUUCUAAUCUUCUGUUUGUUUUUGUUGCUUACAAAGAGUCAUCAGUGUUUAUUUCAGUCUGUUUCAUAACCAGAAAACAAACUCCCCACUUUAACAGCACUUCCCGUCACCUUCUGUAAUGGAUUCUAUUUGUACUAUUUUCCCAACAUUGUAUAAACCAGCAGAAUUAUCCUGGCUGAAUAUCAGCAGAUUAAUUUGUUGUAAACAGAGUGAAAGCAGCAGCAUUAAAGAGGGAGUGUUGAUUCUGUUCCUGUUGAUGUUAGCUAAAGGGUAAACACUUUUCACCGUCACACAUCCUGUUUGAAAUGGCUUCUGUUUUAUACAAACUCAUCUCUGGCCUUUUCAGACCACAAAGACAUAAACAAACAUUUUGAUGACUAGUACAGACGUCUAGUUUCACUUCCAGGAAAAGAGAAGAAAAGCCAGACGCCAAAUAAUGCUUUAUAACAAAAGACUAAAAACAUAGAGGAGAAAAAGAGUUUCUGAGUGCUUGGCAAAAAGAAGACAAACCGACAAAGAAACAAGAGGCCCACACACAAACAUCUGAGGGAAAGCAGCUGAUUAUGACAUUUUUAUUCUUCUCCCUCAGAAAACGCCCGGCGGCUGAAGAUGAAAGCGGGCCGUCCACCAGUGGAGCAGUCGCGAAGAAGUCCAAAGGCAAGACCACCUUGGGAGACUUCAGCUCGUGGUAGUUCUCCAGUCUGUUCCUUUUACUGGCAGAAUUAAAGUCUUUUUUUUUUCCCUUCUCUUUUGUAUUUUAGUUGCUUUUUUGUCCUGUGAAACAAUGAAUUAAAUUUUCCUUUUCAAAAAA